AUGAUACCCUCCCCAGCACAUCCGACGCAGACCUCUCCAGUAUUGUGUGUGGCUAUGCUCCUUGCGAGGUAUUUCAUCAUCAUGAGGCGCAUAGUCCUAGCUGGGAUGUUCUUGGUGAGGUCCGAAGACCCCACAGAGACCAUGGGGCAUAUUCCGGGGUACAGGAAUCUCCAAGACUGGAACACGGACCAGACCUCCUGCUUCCAGGCACAAUCAUCCAGACAUGCCUGGCGACCUAACCGGACAGCGGGCCUUGCGCGCCAAACUCAAGCUGGAAUUGAAGAUGAAGGCCGAGGUGGAGUUUAA